AUGCAUCUGCCUCAGAGGAAGAGACUACGGCCGAGUCGCAUCCUCUUCUUUAUCUCAGGGUUAGUUUUAUGUUCCAUCUACAUGGUGACUCUCAAAUCCAGGCUCUCAGAACCACACAGCUCCAUCCAGACGAGGGAAUUUCCUGGAUCAGGUGAGGGUGAUGCCGUUCUAAAGGUCCAUGUAAGAGAGGCGAUAGCACCAAAUAAAACAGAAGAGGAAAUUUUUCCACCUGAGAGCACCCAAGAUCCUCUAGUGAUAAUCGUCAAUAGAACAGAUAUCGAACAGUGUAUUUAUGUGGAGCCAGAGCCUCCCAAGCCUCACCCUACUGAGCGCCCACCAACAACCGCUCCUCAACCCCCCACCAUCUUCACCCCACAUCGGAAGAAUGAGUACCCCGAGGACCUGUUCUCCGUGGAACAGCGCAGACAAGGCUGGGUGUUCCUUCAUGUUAUUGGCAUGGCCUACAUGUUUGUCUCGCUGGCUAUUGUUUGUGACGAGUUCUUCGUUCCUGCCCUUGGUGUCAUCACCAACAAGUUGGAGAUCUCCGAUGACGUUGCAGGGGCAACCUUCAUGGCAGCAGGAGGCUCUGCCCCUGAGCUCUUUACCUCCUUGAUUGGGGUGUUCAUAUCUCAUAGCAAUGUGGGCAUCGGCACCAUUGUGGGCUCAGCAGUCUUCAACAUCCUGUUUGUCAUCGGCAUGUGUGCCAUAUUCUCCAGGGAGAUCCUCCACCUGACAUGGUGGCCGCUCUUCCGGGAUGUUUCCUUCUACAUCGUGGAUCUGAUUAUGCUCAUUGUCUUCUUCCUGGACAAUACCAUCCUGUGGUGGGAGAGCAUCAUGCUGUUGAUGGGAUACAUUUUCUAUGUGGGCUUCAUGAAGUUCAACAUCCAGAUCGAGCAUUUUGUCAAGACCCAGAUCAACAAGCACAUGAGUAUCGUCAAGGUUUGGACCACGGACGAGCCAGAAAGGGUCCGUCCCACCUUGCAGCGAGGGGGCAGCUCCGCCUCGCUCCACAACACCUCCCUGAGGAGCACCAUCUUCCAGCUGAUGAUCCACACCCUGGACCCACUGGGAGAAGGAGGUAGAAUGGGUCCACACUCUGAGGAAUCCAUCUCAAAGCCUCCUAGCGAGGAGGAGCAGAAGGAGGCAGCUGCAGGAGGAGGGGGGGCAGGGGGCUCGGGAGGCAGCGAUAAGGAGAGCAGUGACUCCAGUGAGGAUGAUGAUGAUGAUGAAGACGCAGAGGGGGAGGAAAAGGAAGAGAAAGAGGAAGAGGAGAAUGAAGAACCAUUGUCUCUAGAAUGGCCGGACACCAGACGCAAGCAGGCCACCUACCUCCUCCUGCUACCCAUUGUAUUCCCCCUGUGGCUCACUGUGCCUGAUGUUCGUAACCCGGCAUCCAAGAAGUACUUUGUUAUGACUUUUAUUGGCUCCAUACUGUGGAUCGCUGUAUUCUCUUAUCUGAUGGUGUGGUGGGCGCAUCAGGUGGGUGAGACAGUGGGCAUCUCUGAGGAGAUCAUGGGCCUGACGAUCCUGGCUGCAGGAACAUCCAUCCCAGAUCUGAUCACGAGUGUCAUCGUGGCCCGAAAGGGCUUGGGCGACAUGGCCGUGUCCAGCUCUGUGGGCAGCAACAUCUUUGACAUCACUGUCGGCCUGCCGGUACCAUGGCUGAUAUUCUCCCUGCUGCACUCCGGCGAGCCGAUAAUGGUCAGCUCCAACGGGCUAUUCUGUGCCAUCGUGUUGCUCUUCCUCAUGCUCAUCUUCGUCAUCAUCGCCAUCGCUGCCUGUCGCUGGAAGAUGAGUCGCAUGCUGGGCUCCACCAUGUUUUUGCUCUAUUUUGUGUUCCUUGUCCUCAGCGUCCUCCUGGAAGACCGGGUCCUCAUCUGUCCUGUGUCCAUCUGA